AAUAUGCACCAUGAGUCUAAAUACUUCCAAUGUAAUAUACUGUGAUAAAAGUUUUGAUGAUUUCCACACAAACUACAAACAUGUACACGGACAUCUUUCGGUGGUUGUCUGCCUGCUGGGCACCAUGGCCAAUACGCUCAACAUAAUGGUAUUAUCGCGACGUGAAAUGCGCACACCCACCAAUGCCAUUCUAACCGGCCUGGCCGUGGCUGAUUUAGCCGUUAUGCUCGAAUAUCUGCCCUAUGCCAUUCAUGAUUACAUUCUAUCCGAAUACUGGACACGAGAACAACAGCUGAACUAUCCUUGGGCAUGUUACAUCAAAUUCCAUGCCAUCUAUGCUCAGGUAUUGCACACCAUUUCCAUUUGGUUGACGGUAAUGUUGGCCGUGUGGCGUUAUAUAGCGGUUACCUAUCCGCAAGUGUCUCGCGAAUGGUGCGGCAUGACUAAUACUGUGAUUUCAAUAUUGCUGGCCUAUGUUAUAUGUGGAUUGGUGGUCACACCCUGGCUGUACUUAGUCAGUUCGGUGGCACAAUUCGAGGAGGUGGUAACCGAAAACAAUAAAGUGCUCUAUUCAAGGCCAUUGAGUGAAUACAUCCUAAAGUACCAGACCAAACAUGAUUAUGCGAAUUUCUCUAAGCUCAGCACUUUAAAUGCCACUGGCGCUGUGCAGAGCAGCAGCAGCAACAGCACCAACAACAACAACGACAGCGACACCGACAUGAUGAUGACGACGGCAAACAAUGCCUCAUUAUUGCAGCAUCAACAUCACAAUAUAACAGUCUAUCGUCUGUAUCACAGCGACAUGGCACUGCAGAACAACACCCUGCGUUUGGGCACCCUGCUCGUCUAUUCGGUGCUGAUAAAACUGAUACCGUGCAUAGCACUCACGGUACUCUCGUUGCGUCUAAUAACCGCCCUCUUGGAGGUGAAAAGACGCCGACAAAUGUUACACAGUCAAUUGCUAAAGGCCGAGGAGAAAUCUUCACAAUCGAAUGCAAGUCAGACAAUGCCGGCGGGUGUGGGCGGAAGUGGCAUGGCUGGUGGGUCGAACACAGUCGUUGCUGGUACCUCGCCCCUCGUCGAUGCCAACCAAAUGGCCAUGAACUCAACACUGAUGAUACGGAAAAAAAUCGAUAAAGCGAAACAAACGGAUCGCACAACGCAAAUGCUGUUAGCGGUGUUAAUGUUGUUCCUUAUCACCGAAUUGCCCCAGGGCAUAAUGGGUCUGCUCAAUACGAUAUUGGGUGAGGCGUUCUUUAUGCAGUGCUAUCUGAAAUUGA